AUUCGAAUGCUCUACCAACCCAUAUUUUCCUUUUGGUUAUUAAGUUUAGCUCUUUUGAAUGAUCGAACUUUGGUUCUUUUCUUUGUUUUGUCAGCAAUGCCUCUCAUUUAAAUUUCUUUCAAUUUUUCAAUCACAUUUUCUCUGGAAAAAUAAUUAAAUUCCUUACAUAUGUUCGAAAUUCAACCUUUAAAGAUAAAUUUAUUGAAUCAUUUCCCGAAAACAUCGAAUGUCCGGUGCUGCUUUUGCAUUAAUCAGAAGUAGAGUAGGUCAAUCAGGGACCAACUCUGCAUUUCAUCUUAGAAAUCAAAUUCAUGCUUCCAAUUUCGAUUCCUUUGCAAGCAGACACAUUUCGCAACUUGUCAAACGGCGUUUGUUUCUCGUUGACACUUUAGCCCUUAUGAGAAGAUUGGAGGCACAGGGAGUGCCAUCAAAGCAAGCAGAAGCAAUCACAGACGCGAUUACUGAUGUUUUAAAUGACAGUUUAGAAAAUAUUUCUCAAUCUGUUGUCUCUAAGCCUGAAAUGCAAAGAACUGAAAUGCUUCAAGAAACUAACAUGUCCGAAUUUAAAUCUGAAGUAAAGAAUUCUCAGGAACAUCAUUUUUCUUUGUUGCAACAUGAGACUGAAAAACUUCGGAAUGAUAUUGAAAAGAUGCACAGUCAACUGAGGCAUGAAAUUGACAAAGUCAAUGCAGGCCAGCGAUUGGAUUUGAAUCUUGAAAGAGGGAGGAUACGGGAUGAAUUAGCGGAGCAGACGGCUGAAACCUCUAACCUCACUAACAAGCUAGAUAGGGAAAUUCACACGUUGAGGGCUCAACUAGAAGCAGCAAAAUAUGAUGUCAUUAAGUAUUGCAUAGGUACUCUUGUUUCCAUAUCUGCAGUUGGUCUUGCUGUGCUUCGGAUUUUGAUGUGAACCUAUAAAAUCGAAAAUCAAACUCAUUGCCUAACCAGAAAAAAGAAAAUAAUAGCUCGUUUUUAAGAAGCUAUUAUUUGCAAACAGGAAUUAAAAAUAAGAUCAAUUAGAGAGUUAAUAAUUUGUAUUUUGUACUUUAUUUUGGGUUAUUGUUGUAUCUGUAUCAUAAUAAAAACUAGAUAUUAAAGCUGAUUCAGAUGUAUGAUAUUCUAGUUGGCUAACUAUGAUAUGGUAUAGUUCAGUAAGUUUAAAGGGAUAAUUAUAAAUUUAGUGCUAUAACAUUUUUCAUUUUUUUUUA